AAGAAAACGCGUAGCUUGAAAUCGGCGAAAAUGUGACUGUUAAGUCUGAUCACAAGUUAACUUCCAGUGAUAGAAACAUGGCCCUUACGGACCUCAACAAGUAGUUACCAAUGUUUAGUAAAAUGCGGGAGUUUAUAAGGAUCACGUUAGUGUGUGCGUGCGCUUUCCUUCUGGUGCACGAUGUGAGGAGCGAGGAUAUCUCCUCCGAGGCGGCGGUGGAGUCCGAGCUGGCGAAGACCGAAGACCAGAGCGACAGGAAGGAGACUAAAACAUUUAUACCAGGCGGCGCGCGACGCACGACGACUCAGAGCAGCGCGAACGCGACGCGCGACUCGCAGCUGCUGUCUGUGCUGGCGGCGCGGCGGAGACAGCUGCUGGCCGGGAGGCUGGUGAGCCACAUCCACACGCUGGCCGCCACCGCGCACAAGCCGCACAAGAGUAACGCGACGUUUGCUCAGUUAGAAAUAAGGGAUUCGAACAGCACCGUUGUGAAGAGGAUAACGUUUGAAAACUCCAGCAAUGAAGCUAUUGCACCUACUUUGAAGCUAGUCUCCCGAGAAGGCAACAAAGAAAUACGACAGGAUAUUAAACCGCAUGAAAUACGCCAUCUGUUCAUACCUAGAGUAUUAUAUCAAGAAAACAAAAGCAGGGCGGGAUUUUUAAAUAAUAGAAGAAAGGAGCAAAGCAAUAAAACCAUCACAGUUGAAACAACUACAGGAAGUGCUGUUGUCUAUAUUGCGCCAGAUAAACUAGAAGGCCUCGAUAAAGAAGUUGAAGUAGAUCCGGAAGAAGAGUUUCAGGUCGACGAAUCUAAUCACGGACUUUAUUUGCUUAAUUAUUCAGACACAGAUAAUGUAACUCAAAACCAUCCAGACUUCAAUAAAGUAGCGUCCAGUAAUGAAGUUAAAGAUGACACUAAAUAUAAUACAGAGACGACAACGAUUUCAUCAGUCGAAGAGAAAGAUAAAUCGACUACUGUGUCACAUAAACUGGGGAAGGAAGAAAAACUAGAAACUAAUGUUAUAGCAAACAGCACAGAAAUUCACAACACAAGAGCUGAAAAGUUAGAGAGUGAUAAAGAAAAAGGAAAUCAAACUUUAUUUAUGUCGGAGGAGAUUUACAAUCACUUCCGUCCUCUUGAAACUGAAUUACCCGACGAAGAAAUGGCACCAUUUAUUUACUUUGGUCAGAAGAUUGGAGGCCAAGGAAUCAAUGAUAACUUAACUAACUCUCCCUCGCUUUCGGCAUCAACUAAAUCAGUUAAUUUUAUAGCAGCGCCUUUAGAGAAACGAAAGUUUAACUCGAGAUAUUCUGCAACGGAAAAAUAUAAGAACAAUAGUGCAGGAGAAGAAGAAAUUAAUGAGGACAUGGAUGUGUCUGUUGUAAAAAAUACAAUAGAAAAAAAUAAAAUUAGAAACACGGUAAAAGGUCCCGCACCAGCGCGGCACGUAGGAUUAGUUAAUGCCUAUAGGAAGUAUUCAAGUACAACACAGUCUACUCUAAAACCAGAACCACUUACUCUAAUGAACGAAACUGAGUCCAACACACAAAACGCUACCUUAGUUUAUUUAGACAAAACCAAAGAAAACUCGCCUGUCAAUGGCACAUCACUUGCAAAAGAUCCCACUAUAAACGUCAAUAGCAAUUUUACAAAAGAUGUUCCUACAAACAGAACAAAUAUUACCACUCCAAAAAACUACACACGAGUAUAUUCUAAUUUACGCAGACGUCCUUCGAGAUUGAACACUAUCUCCAGUACUGAAAAUGUAUUAAAUGAAAUAACUAAUACAACAACAACUGAGAAAGCUUCAACUUCCGUUUACACUGCUGUCGUUACAUCCGUAUCGAUAACGUCUUCUAUUAAAGGUCAAAACAAAACAGAUUCUUUGGUAAGAGAAUCAGAUAACAAUACUGUAACAGGAAGUAACGAAGAAAUAAAAAAUGUUACAAUUCCAAAGGUAGUUUUAAUAAACGACACAGAAACAACUCCUUCCGCAACUACAACGCUUGGAUCAUUCAGGCAUAGGAUUAGAAUAAGAACAACAACAACUAAAGGUCCGCUAAAUUCCAUUCCAAGUUCAACACCUGCGGCUUUAACUCAAAAGCCACUAGAGGCUGAAAACAGUGAACGAAGUGUGCAAGAUAUUAAACCAGAAAUGACAACUUCUAGAGUGUCCGACAGAUUAGCUACUUUAUUUAGACCAAAUGAUUAUGAAAAUACGACGACUGCGGUAACGUUGAAACCAAGAAACAAAGUGCGACGUCGUAGACCCACUACAACGACUACGACUACUUCCACCACUACCGUGUCCACGACAACGUUCGCCAGCUUAACAACAACCCCCAAAGGAACAGAAACUACCAGCCCGGCUACUUUCUUAACUACAAUACCAACAACGCAAACCGUAGACCCGACUGAAAAUGUUUUGAAACCAUUCGUUGUUACGUCACGAACUUCGUCAAAAUCGAGUUCUAAGCCUCUCAUAUUAACUUUACAAAAUUCUAGUGAACCAAACCCCACUGCAUUAGACAAUAAAACCAAUCUGAUCGAAAGUGAUGAUUCUCAAAAUGAAGAGGUUGUAAUUGAAGCAGAAAAAACUUACACUGCUUCGUAUGUACUAGCUGGUCUCGGGUUUCUUCCGGUCAUAGCCGUCGUAGCGUUCGUUUUAAGAAAUCUUCUGAACAAGAAAACUAAAGAAAUCGAUACCGAAUACGAAGGCUAUUUCGAAGAGGGUGGUGAUAUUAAAAAGGAGUCACCGAUAACUCCCGUAGCGCGCCCUCCGCUACCUACACCGAGUAAACCCGACCAAAAAUGGGAAUUUCCAAGAAACAAACUAAGGUUACAAACUUUACUGGGACAAGGAAAUUUCGGACAGGUAUGGAAAGCGGAAGCGGACGACUUGAACGGCCACGAUGGGCUGACUCGGUUAGUCGCUGUAAAAACUAUAAAGGAAUCUGCGUCACAAAAAGAAAAACAAGAACUUUUGCACGAAAUUUACAUCAUGCAGAAGAUUGGGACGCAUCCAAAUGUGGUCACGCUCUUAGGUUGCUGUACUGAGCAAGAGCCGUACCUGCUGAUAAUGGAGUACGUGAUGUGCGGCAAGCUGCUGACGUACCUGCGCGAGCGCCGCUCCCGCCCCGACCGGUUCAGCGGCAGCGGCGCGCUCACCUCGCGCGACCUCACCGUGUUCGCCUACUGCGUGGCGCGGGGCAUGGACUACAUCGCCUCCAAGGGGAUCGUGCACCGCGACCUGGCGGCCCGCAACGUGCUGGUGGACCACAACAAGCUGUGCAAGAUCGCGGACUUCGGGCUGUCGCGCGCGGCGGGCGCGGCGGCGCGCGGCGGCCGCGGCGCGCUGCCCGUGCGCUGGAUGGCGCCCGAGGCGCUGCUGUGCAACGUGUACAGCCACCACACCGACGUCUGGGCCUUCGGCAUCCUGCUCUGGGAGAUCGUCACGCUCGGCUCGACGCCGUACGCCGCGAUGUCGGGGCGCGAGGUGCUGGGCGCGGUGGCGGGCGGCUACCGCCUGGAGCGGCCGGCGCACUGCUCGCCGCAGCUGUACCGCGCCAUGAGCGCCUGCUGGCACGCCGACCCCGCGCAGCGCCCCGCCUUCGCCGAGCUCAAGGCGCAGCUGGCCGAGCUGCUGGACAACGAGCCCGCCGACGGCCACUACGUGGACCUGGACUCCUUCUACCAGGAGUCCUCCGUGUACAGCGACCCCUCGGCCAUCAUCCACGACGACGACGGGCUGUCGGCCGAGUACGACCGCGAGCGGCGCUGCUUCCGAGAGUUACAGAAGGGACCACCGAAAUUCGAAAACAGGACCUUCAAUUUACGAGACGAGGAGCUCCGAAACAAAUUCAGCAUCGGGACGCCGCGGAUGGGAGGUUUCGGAAUACGGGACGUGCCCUUCAACGAGAGGAACUUCUCCGACGGAGAGUUCAACGACCGAAACUUCCAAGACAAGAACUUUCCGGAUCGAAAUUUUCCCGAAAAAAACUUUAACGAUACGAACUUUACGGAACGUAAGGAUGGGAAGCUGUCGACGUCUAGUUUUCACAGAGAGAGGGAGAGAGAGAACCCGCUCGUCAGUAGGAACAGCUUCAGCGGGUUUCCGAGGAUCGGGACGAGAGAAAAUCAUUUCCAAAUGACGCCGGACGGACGCAACAAGCGAGUGUCGGAAUUCGAAUGUGACAUUUGAUUAUUGUUCACAUUGAUAAUGGAUUUACAUACCUCCAGGAGGUCUCCAGGAGGUUGGAAUUGGAUUUUUAUCGGAUUCUCGGCGUGCAGUGCUUGGAAGCAAUAUAAGUCGCAAAUUCCUUUUAACUGUUCAAGUAACAAAUUAUUGCAACAUCUUUUGAUCUAACUUCCAAUUAUAUAUGUAUGUAGACUGAGAAAAAAAAACUCAAAAAUGACCUUAUGUAAAUUGUGAAAUAGAAAAUUUUGUGAUGAAAUUAAAAGAAAUCUCGACUAAGCGAGGUCAUGACAAACUAUGAUGCUUUAAGAUUUAAUUUGAAACGAUCAUCAGAUCUGUGUUGAUAUUGUAAAUAAUAUUAAUUUAUAACAGUAUUCGUUUGCAGUGAGUCUUGGUGUGUCACAGUGGCUAGGUGUGAGACGAUGUAAAUAAUAGCAGUAGUGUAGGGUAAGUCUUGUGGGACGAUAGCAGCGCACCGGUAUGUUUGUUCGCAACGGAACUUGACAGAGGUUGUAUAAUUAUUGAUAUGAUUUUGUAUUAAUGUUUUUAUUUUAACCUUUAUUCUUCUACACCCGGAGUCAUGUCUAUAUUUUUACAAUAUGUUUAAAUAUUAAUUAUUAUCGAAACACACAAUGGUGCUGACAGUGUUUAUUUUUUUUAAUUCUUAUGUAUUGUUGCUGUAAAUAUUUAACAAAUUUUAUACAAGUGUUAAUGAAAGUAAGUUUUCCUUCAUUUUAAAUCUCAGUUCAAUAUUAUCUUCUAGUCUCUAAAGUGGAAUAAUUCUAUUUGAUUGUUAAAUGAUCUGAUUACCGGAUACGUUUGAAUGAUUUAUUUUAAAAUAAAUGAAAUAAUAAAAUCAUA